UCCUUUCGCCAUUUUUUCUCCCACACUUCAUCCAUUCACUUAAUUCCCAUUCUCAUUUCCAUUCGCAUCUCAAAAACAAUAAUGUAACUAACUUCCACUUCAUUAUUAACUUAUUCGUUCUUUUCUAAUCCCCCCCAAUACACUUCUUUUCUUAUUUUCCUUUCCCCUAAUUCACUUUCCUUAUCCGUGACAUAAAAAUCCUGUAUUUAUAUACAUGUACAUAUACGUAGAUACAUGUAUAUAUAUACACAAGCAUGUACAAUCGAUGAAAAGAGGAAAAAGCAUAUGAUAAUAACGAUUAUUGUUUAUAUAAGAGACUGAAGAAGAAGAAGAAUGGCGUGGGUAAGAUCGGCGGUGAACAAAGCCGUUGAAGCGGGUGGCCAAAGCUCUAUCAGACGCAGCCUUCGUAACUAUGCCGACUCCAUGAAGCUCCAUGCAACCACCGCCGUCGUCGGCGGCGCCAGAGUCUUCCACGAUCGCAUGGUGGCUCAAAAUAUGCGAAGCUUUAGGCACACUGUAAAAAGGUUAGAAGAAGUUUCUGUAUCAUGUAGAGGGGUUGAGAGAGUUCAAUUGCUAAGGAGGUGGCUGGUUGCAUUAAAAGAAAUCGAGAGACUUGUUGCUGCCUUCGCUGGCAGCAAUCCAAACGAUCUCCUUCCUGAUGAAAUUAAGGAGUUACCUAUAAGCCCCACUUUGGUUUAUUAUGUAGACCCUGACAUUGUGGAUGAACCAAAAAAUUUUCGUGAUGUCUUUCUUCAAAGUCAAGCUCUUGAGGGUAUAACAUUAUCAAUGAUUCUUGAAGCACCAAAUGAGGAAGAAGUUUCACUACUUUCAGAGAUCUAUGGGCUCUGUAUUAAGGGUGAAAAGGAGGAACGCACUGCCUUGUUAGCCAGUGUACAAGAUUUGGCAAAAGCGUUUGCUGGAUAUGAAGAUGAAGUCUUGGCAAAGCGAGAAGAAUUGCUUCAAUAUGUCCAAGCUGCCAUUUCAGGGCUAAAAGUAAAUGCUGAUCUCAUGAGAAUAGAAGAUGAAGUCUUCAGUCUAAAGGAAAAAAUUGAGAAGUUUAAGCCAAGUAAUUUUGAUGCAAAAUCUAAUGAGACAACUACUAUAGAUGUAAAGGCUAAUCAUGAAGCUUUGGCACAAAUUCAAAUGUAUUCCAAAUUGGAGGAACUCUUACUCAAAAAGAAAUACUUCACCUGUGGUGAUUCUUCAGAACUUCAUGCUGAAAAGAUUGAUAAAUUGAAAAUCUUAUCAGAGUCUCUUGCAAAUUCUGCAACAAAAGCUCAAAAUCGCAUUUCAGAAAACAGAUCUCAAAAAGAAGAAGCACUUAAUUUUCGGCUAACUAAGACAAAGGAAGUUGACCAAAUUGAGAAGGAAGUAACAAUGGAGAUUGAAGAACUUGAGAAGCUAAAGGAUGAACUUGAAGAGAAACUGAAAAAGGUCAACAGCUUGUUAUUAUCUGCUAGAAUGCGCCUCCACAAUGCAAGAGAAGAAAGAGAUCAAUUCAAUGAAGCAAGCAAUGAAAUUGUUGUACAUUUGAAGGCUAAGGAAGAUGAGAUGAUUCGAUCAAUUGCUUCUUACACAAGGGAAUCAAAUGUUGUUGAUACAUGGAUGCAUUUUCUAGAGAAUACAUGGCUUCAUCAAACCUCCCAUACGAAGAAAGAGAAGGAGCAGAUCAAUGUUGAACUCCAGAGAUAUGGAGAAAAUUAUGUGAAUUUGAUCAUUCAGCUUUUGUCUUCAUAUGAGGAAAAAUUGGGUUCAUCAGUUAAGCAAAUGAGAAAGCUUGUGGAGAAUUUAAGUUCAAAUAAAGGAUUAGAGAAUCCAACAGCUCCAGAUAAUGAGGAUUCUAAAGUGAAUCCAAGGAAAAAGCUUCAAGAUGAAUUUUUGGAUAUAGAAUCCAAGUUUUUGGCCACUCUGACCAUAGUGGAGACCAUAAAUAAUCAGUUUCACAUCCAAAGGGAAGGAAUUUAUAGGAAAGAUAGUGACAAUGUCAUAAAACUCCUAAAUGCCAUCAAGAAAAUAAAGGAAGAAUAUGAAUCCAUUAAGAGACCGAAACUGGAAAUAGAGAUCACACCUCGAAAGCAAGAACAACCUCAAACAGAAACACCAAAAACACCAAAAACACCAAGAACACCAAGUCAAAAGAAAACAUUUAUGAGAAGUCUUUCAAGUAUUUCCUUAACCAAUAGAAUGAGGCAAGAUGAAGCGAUCAUGUCUCCGUCUAUCCACAGAAGAUCAAAAUCGGCAGGCAUAGAUUCAUUGCAAAUGGAAGUAGAACUUGAUGAUAUGAGCGACUAUGAUUCAGCAGAAGAGAUAAGUGAAUGGGAAUUCGAUGAUGUUGAGCAAGAUCAUCACACCAGAAGUUGACCCACAAGGAAAUUAUACCCAAAAUGAAAAAUAAUUUUU